AUGAGGAGACCAAUGACAAUAAGCGGUGAUUUAAUAGACGAAACCGAGAACUUUAAAUAUUUAGGAUCAUUUGUACAAAAUAAUGGGGGCUUUUAUAUGGAUGUAAAACAUAUGAUUGAGUGCGAUUGGAUGAAAUGGAGAGAAGCGUUAGGCAUUUUAUAUAAUAAAAGAAUUCCAAUAAGGCUGAAAAUUGACAGAAGAAUAGAACAGAAUAUGAGUGCUGCAAAAUUGAGAAUGCUAAGAUGGAUGAGUGAAGUGACUAGAGAAGAUAGAAUAAGGAACGAAUAUGUAAGAGAUAGUAUUGGUAUAGCGUCGGUAGUGGAUAAGAUAAAAUAG